CUACUCUGAAAAGCAAACCAAAAAGCACGACAAACACGCAUUAUUUCUGCACAGAUGACGAAUUUGUGUAUGAAAACUUUUAUGCAGAUUUUGGACCUCUCAACCUGGCCAUGUUGUACAGGUACUGCUGUAAACUCAACAAAAAGCUCAAAUCGUUUUCACUGUCGAGAAAGAGGAUUGUUCAUUAUACCAGCUUUGAUCAGCACAAGAGAGCAAAUGCUGCGUUUUUAAUCGGUGCCUAUGCGGUGAUCUACCUGAAGAAAACACCAGAGGAAGCUAACAGAGCUCUGAUGUCAGAGUCAGCUUCAACAUAUCCUCCGUUCAGGGAUGCCUCUGUUGGAAACAGCACAUACAACCUGACCAUUCUGGACUGUUUACAGGGGAUCCGUAAGGCACUGCAGUAUGGCUUCUUUGACUUCGAGACGUUUGAUGUAGACGAGUAUGAACAUUACGAGCGUGUGGAGAAUGGUGACUUUAACUGGAUCGUACCAGGGCGGUUGCUGGCCUUCAGUGGACCCCAUUCCAAAAGCAAAAUAGAAAACGGGUACCCCCUGCACGCCCCAGAGGCCUACUUCCCUUACUUUCGAAAGCACAACGUGACCACCGUCGUCCGCCUCAACAAGAAGGUGUACGACGCCAGGCGCUUCACCGAGCGCGGGUUCGACCACUACGACCUGUUUUUCGAGGACGGCAGCACGCCCAGCGAGCUCAUCACCCGCCGCUUCCUGCACGUGUGCGAGAGUUCGGCCGGCGCGGUGGCCGUGCACUGCAAAGCUGGGCUGGGCCGAACAGGGACUCUGAUUGGCUGUUACCUGAUGAAGCACUACCGAUUCUCGGCGGGGGAGGCCAUUGCCUGGGUACGGAUCUGCAGACCAGGAUCCAUCAUCGGACCACAGCAGAACUUUCUGGAGGAGAAGCAGGCAAGCCUGUGGACGCAGGGAGAGGUACACCGUUCCAGACACGCACAGCAUCAGCUGUUGACCUCACAGGGCGUGUCCCGCCUCGUAUCCGGCGUGCAGGACCUGACUAUCAGACCCCACACCUGCCAGCCCCGCAGAGCGGAGCACGCCGAGGAGGAUGAGAGUGGGCGCGACAGGCUGCUUCUCACUCAGGGAGACAAACUGCGGGCGCUGAAGGGCAGCCGGCAGCCCAGGGCAGCGGCCAGCAGAGCCCACAGGCCGGAGGAGGAGAAGGUGCACAGCAGGGGCCAGGUCUUCUCCAGUCAGACGGACUGCGGGGGAAACGGUCAGGCGCUCAGCUCUGCCCCCAGGUCCUCUCGAGCGUCUCCGCACGCCUGCCCCUGGGAGACGCGCUCCUCCACCUCCGCCCCCAGCCUCCGGAGUGGUCCCUUCAGUCUGAACGCCUUCAGUACCAGAGCAGCUCUUCUGCACUGAUGCCAGCCUGCAACAUGGGUGGAGUCUGAUCCGCAGAUCCGC